UAUAAAAGCAGGAGCCCAGAGCAGUGCCGUACCUUGAGGACAAAGAGAGGAGGGAGGAGCGGUCGGUCCGUCCUGGGACAGUAACAGCAAAAGGCGACACAGAGACCAUCUUACCCCCCUACGGGCCGCUCGCCGUGUCACCCCUCCAUCUCUUUCCAAGUGCACAGCACUAUUAUUUCCAUCGAAGCUCGCUUAUAUUUGUCAGCCAUGUCCGUCGGAACCGUCACCGGCGGCCCCCCGGAGGUCUUGCCCGAGGUCACAGCCGCCGUCAGCUUCUUGUCCGGUCUCCUUCGCAGUCGCCUCAGCGAGCAGCAGCUCCAGGGCUUUGGUGGGGCAUUACGGGACACGCUUACCGACCAUUAUACACACCACUGGUUUCCAGACAAGCCUGCCAAAGGUUCUGGCUAUCGCUGCAUCAGAAUUAACCAUAAAAUAGACCCAAUAAUCAGUAAAGUUGCUGGUCGUAUAAACAUGAGCAGCCCACAUCUACUUAGCCUUCUACCCAAAGAGCUCACCCUCUGGGUAGAUCCUUAUGAAGUCUCUUACCGGAUUGGGGAGGAUGGCUCCAUAUGUGUUCUAUACGAAGCACCCGUUCCUACUGCUCGGAGCCCAUUAGACUGUAAGAGUGAGCUACUGGGCUGCUCUACUACUCCCAACCAGUAUCUGAUAACUGUGAGCAGCUAACGUCACCAAGGAUCUCAUCUGUUGCCUGUGUAUGUGUAAAUACCUCGCUCUGGGAGCCAGUGUUUUCUAAUGAAGAUCUAUUUAUAUUUUUAAAACUUCUUUUUUGCAUAAAUUGAAAGUCAUUAUGUCUGGUAUUUUAAUUCUGAUGAGAAACACUAAUGCACUAGUACAAUAUGUACAACCCACUACCAAACUUGUACAGUAAUGAGCACCUAUAUAUGUGGCAUAGGGAUAAUGGUACUAUAAACAUUUUCCUGACUAAUAUUGGACCAGUUUGGCUACUAGAAAUUUGCACUUUAUUCAUAUUUUAAAACAAGUGCUUCAGUGUAUUUAACCUCCCAGUGUUGGUGACUCAACUUGUUGCUGGGCAAUGUACAUCUGUGGAACAGAGUAUUUCUGGGUCUGCAAUGCUGAGUUAGGUUAAGGGGAAAGCACUUCGAGCUUGUAGCAGAUGGUGAUUGUGAAUUCUGAAUUUGUUUUUAGAACAAUAACUUUAAAACUAGAUCUUUUAUUGACAAAGUACCUCAAGGUUCCUUAAGUGGGGCUGCAAUAGACUUAAUGACUUAUUAACCAAGCGGUAAACUCAUAAAUGCACUGUUUAAGUAGGGAUAGUCUUGUUCUCAGUUGGUCUGUUUUCUAUCUGGACCGGUGUCUUUACAUUACAUUAAACAACUGAAACUGCCAGUAAUGCCUCUGACAAGAUAGUACCUGCUAUGCACCCUGGAAGACUGGUGUCAGAUUUCAUCGUUCAAGUGUUGGAGACUAUCCCCCACUGUUCAUCGGUAUUGACAAAUGUAUUAGAGUUUAAGACAGUGCCUUUUCUGCACAAAGUGACUUAUUGACACAAAUUGCAGGUUUUGCAUAUUGUACCAACACUGUCUGGGCUAUGUUGGUUCUAUUGUACUGUAUGUGCCUGACUCGACUGCCAAGCUAUACAACUGCCUGCGUCUGUCAUCUGCAAUUCAUUGUGCUACUUGCCUGUUCUGUAUAAACAGGUAGUAGCUGAUCAUACUGUGAGUUUGUUAAUGGGUUCUGUACUGUUGUUACUUUUGUAAUAAAAAAAAAUAUUCUAAA